AUGGCCUGUCGGGACAUGAAAAAGUGUAAAGAGACACGCCAAGAAAUCGUUGAUGAAACCAAAAAUAAUAAUAUUUUCACUAGAUUAUUGGAUCUCAGUUCCUUGGAUUCUAUACGCCAAUUCGCUAAAGAUUUCAAGGCCGAACAAACAAAGCUUCAUAUUCUGAUCAAUAAUGCCGGUGUCAUGCGUUGUCCUCGCAAUCUGACCAAAGAUGGCUUUGAAAUGCAAAUUGGUGUCAAUCAUAUGGGACACUUUUUGCUAACCCACUUGUUACUGGAUGUCCUUAAGGCUUCUGCUCCUAGUCGCAUUCUAAAUGUGUCCAGUUCUGCGCAUUAUUUAGGCAAAAUAAACAGUGAAGAUUUAAAUAGCGAGAAAUCCUAUUCUGAGGGCGACGCAUAUAACCAAAGUAAAUUGGCUAAUAUCCUUUUCACCAGGGAGUUGGCCAAGCGUCUGGAGGGUACAGGAGUCACUGCAAAUGCUGUACAUCCUGGUUUUGUCAAUACGGAACUGGGAAGAUAUUGGGGUCCUGGAAGAGUUUUAUGGCCAUUGUUGACACCGUUUAUGAAGUCACCCGAGAGUGGAGCUCAGACAACACUCUAUGCAGCUUUGGAUCCUGAUUUAGAUGAUGUUUCUGGCCUCUACUUCAGCGAUUGCAGGCCAAAGGAAGUGUCAGAGGCAGCCAAAGAUGAUAAGACAGCUAAAUGGUUAUGGACCGAAAGUGAGAAAUGGACGGGCAUUGCCCAGGAUGAAGCCAAUUAA